ACACACAAUAUGAACAAGCAACGGGCUCAUAGUCAUGGACUCAUAAAUUACCUCAUGGCUCAUACUAUCCGAACCGGCCCACCCGUAAUUCAUUUACUAAAUUGAAGUUGAGUGGAAAAGGAGUAGUAGUAUCUACUCUAGUCUCUAGUAUGUCUGUGGAUAACUAAAGAUAGGCAUGGAGUUCACUGGCUGUCCACAAAUUCAACAAUAUUCUUAAUUAUUAUAUUAUGGCUUCAAUUACACAAACCAUAUGCAGAUGUGCAGUAACCCAGAAUCAGAAUCAAAUUAUCUGGAAUUCCAGAGAAAUCCAAACAGCAACUAAGCAAGAGUUUCCUGUUCUCUCACCCAUUUCCAGAAGAUGUGCAAUUCUAACUCCAUUACUCUCAAUUGCUCUCAUUUCAUCUCUUCCUCCUCCUCCUCCUUCCUUGGCAAGAGAUAGAAGGAGCAGAAAAGUCAUCCCUCUUGAAGAUUAUCUUACUAGCCCUGAUGGAGUCAAGUACUAUGAUAUCGAAGAGGGGAAGGGACCAGUGGCUACAAAAGGAGCUACUGUUCAGGUUCAUUUUGAUUGUGUAUAUCGCAAUAUAACAGCCGUAUCAAGCAGAGAAUCAAAACUUUUGGCUGGAAAUCGGAUCAUAGCUCAGCCAUAUGCAUUCCAAGUAGGUUCUCCUCCUGGCCGAGAACGAAAGCGUGAGUUUGUUGACAACCCCAAUGGACUGUUUUCAGCCCAGGCAGCUCCUAAACCUCCCCCGGUUUUGUAUUCUAUCGUUGAAGGAAUGAAAGUGGGAGGCAAGAGGACCGUGAUAGUUCCCCCUGAAAUUGGAUAUGGAAAGAAAGGUUCAAAUGAGAUUCCGCCUGGGGCAACAUUCAAUCUAAACAUUGAGCUUUUACAAGUAAUGCCACCAGAAGGAAACAGUUAAAAGAGACAAGUUCUUUCUCUUGUGGAUUGCUGCUAGACCAGACCCUAGGAGGUUAACAAUUUUUCUUGACCAACACCAAGCUUAAUGUAGUAGGAGUAUAUCAUAAGCCAGAUGGCUGCUUUGGCAAUACACCGCAAUUUCCUCUGUAAACAUUCUUAUACUUGUCUGUAGUCAUUGUAUAUGGCUCUCAAAAUUCUUCCCUAUUUCAACCCUUGUAGUCCAUUGUAUUUUUUUCUUUGAAGCACAAAUUUGAUGAUAAUUUUUUAUCCGUUGAAUAGGGUUUUUGGCACAUUUGAUGUUUAUGAUUGUAGGAUUAUUUUUGUGUAAUUCGAACAUUUUCAAAGAUUCCGUUAUGGUAAAUUUAAUUGCAUGUGAA